AUGGUAUCUGUUAGGAAAAGAAAGAUGGCAAGGUCAUCUGUGAAGAAGAAUACAAGAAGAAGAAAGGAUAAACAACGUGAUAUCAACAUUCAUUCCAACCCUAUCAUUGCCAAGAACUGGGACAAGUCAUUGACUCUAAAACAAAAUUACAAAAGAUUAGGUUUACGUUCCAAAUUAGGAAAUAUUGCUGGUGGUGUAGAACAAAAAGUUGAAACCUUAACAGAGAUUAGAAAUAAACGUAGGGCGAAACUGGAAUUGCUGCUGCUGCUGCAGUCUGUAUCGAUCGAAGAGAUUGAAGAGACUGAAGAUCCAUCAAGGAUCCCCAUAGGUGAGGCCAGGAUCAUUAGAGAUCCGGAGACCAACGAGGUUUUGAGAGUUAUUUACGGUACAAUGAAAGUCGACGGAGAUGAUAAUGACAAUGUUUCCGAUGCAGCAGAAGAAACAGAAGAGAGAGAAGGUCAAGGAGCCAACUCUGUGAUCAAAGAGUUGGAAGAGUAUGCGGCUAAACACGCUAAAGUGAGAAAAGAGAGACACAUGUCUGAUCGUGAAAGUGAGUGGGCAAAAGCGCUUUAUGAGAAGUAUGGUGAUGAUUAUGAACGAAUGAAGUGGGACAAGAAGUUGAAUGUAUACCAGCAAUCAGCAGGAGAUUUAAAGAGGCGAAUCACAAAAUGGAAGAAAGCAAAUAAUAUACAGUGA